UUAGGAAACAAGCUUACCCUCUCAUAAGCCCAGUCCAUUUUGAACUGUUUACUCUCAGCAAGGAUCCUCACUGUCCGCUGUGUCACCUGGUCAUGCUGGGGUUCAGGACUAAUUAUGUGGCAUGGAUUAUCCUUCUCUUGUAUGUUACUCUGUUUCCUCCAGCUGGGGCAUUGUGGCUCCUGGAUGUCCUAUUUCCUCCUGGUAUCACCCCCAAAGUGAAUCUAAGCAACAACAGUUUUCCAGUGGUGCUGGUGCCUGGCGCCUUUGGAAAUCAACUAGAAGCAAAAUUGGAUAAAACAGAAGUUGUGAAUUGGAUGUGCUACCGUAAGAGUGAAGAUUAUUUCACCUUGUGGCUGAACCUAAACAUGUUUCUUCCUCUAGGAAUAGACUGCUGGAUUGAUAACAUAAGAGUUGUUUAUAACAAGACAACACGAACGGCUUCUAACGCACCUGGAGUCGAUGUCCUUAUCCCGGGAUUUGGAAAGACAUUUUCCGUUGAAUAUCUGGAUAAAAGCAAGUUAGCUGGUUAUCUUCACACCCUUGUACAAAACUUGGUGAACAACGGCUAUGUGAGAGAUGAGACGGUCCGUGCCGCACCCUAUGACUGGAGACUUGCUCCCAAUGGACAGAAAGAAUACUUUGAAAGACUACAGAAGCUCAUCGAAGACAUGUACAGAGAAUAUCAGAAACCAGUUUUUCUCACCGGGCACAGCCUUGGUAAUAUGUAUAUUCUGUACUUCUUGAAUCAUCAGCCUUCACAGUGGAAAAAGAAAUAUAUUAAAGGAUUUAUCUCACUUGGAGCACCGUGGGGGGGAGCAGUGAAACCAUUAAUGGUCCUCCUGUCAGGAGACAAUCAUGGGAUUCCAAUGGUUUCUAACAUUAAAAUUCGAGAAGAACAGCGAAUGACGACCACAAACCCCUGGAUGAUACCCAACAACCUGGCCUGGCCUGAAUCCCAUGUCUUUAUUUCCACCCCAUCCUUUAACUAUACAAACAGAGACUACCAGAAGUUAUUCAAAGACAUUGACUUUGAGGAUGGAUGGUACAUGUGGGAAGAUACAAAAGAGCUUCUGGAUGGGCUUCCGCCACCAGGUGUGGAGAUGUACUGCAUCUAUGGAACAGGUCACCCUACAGCAGAGACCUUCAUCUACGGGGAUGGUUUUCCUAAUGAGCCACCUAUAGAUAUCCACUAUACAGAUGGCGAUGACACUGUGCACAAAAGAAGCCUGGAACUCUGUAAACGCUGGAAGACCCAACAGAAGGAGAGCGUUCAUGUUAUUGAACUGGAUGGAAUGGAUCAUCUCAGCAUGGUCUUUAGCAACAGAACAUUGGAUGUUAUUAAUGAGAUCUUGCUGGGGAAUGACCACUAAACUCCAAGUUACUCCUCUGCAUGCUACAGUGGUCCUUCCUAUAGAACAUAGAUGAUAGUAUGGGGGUGUGAGUGUGUGUGAGUGUCUGUGCUGGUCAAUGUGUGAGAUUUCCUCCCUUCCAUUAUCAGACAAUCUCAGGUGACAUCACGUUCUAUUCUGAGAACCAAAUAAAUUUGUUUACACUGAGUAGAACUGAAACAUACAAAUUCCCCUUUUUAAAGUGAACCUGUCACAAGCCAAAUGCAUCAGAUGUUUUCUGCUAAAGUACUGUUACUAGAUUAAAAACUUGGGGGAAAAAGA